AAAAUAUUUAAGACGGUUGAAAUUGUAUAUACGAUGCUGCGUCUAAUGUGGAUAAUAAUGUAUUUUUUUCCAUAUAUUUUUGAUUUACCUAACUUUAAUCGCGAGCGGAACCGAUUAUUUCUUGUAAAACUUGUAUUUUAAUAUCGGACAUAUGCUUCCACAUUCUAUAUCUAAGAUUUAAGAAUUUCCGGGAAGAAGAGAUCCAUCGAUCCUAGUUUUACUGUAACCUUUUUUUAACUUAAUUGACUGUAAAUAAGUGUUCCAGAUUUGUCUUAAUUGUGAAAUAUAAGAGAAACAGCGGGUUGUUAAUGAAAAAUCAGCAGGUUAAGGGUUAUUAUAGUUAGCUCUAAUAAUAUGUCAUGCGAAAAUAAACCGAUCUUAAAAUAGCGUGCGUACGAACCUCUCUUUACAUCAGUAAAACGAGAAAGAGAGAGAAGAAAGAGAAGGAAAGCAGACGCAAUCCUACAAAGUUACUAGGGGAAGUGCAACGCCUUUUCGACAUUUUCUCGAGGCUAACCGGCGAGAGAGUAAAGCUCGAAGAAGUCUGAAAAGAUGAGAAUCAAGAAUCAAAGGUGUAAGCGAGUACCUGUGAAUAAAGGUACUACUAUUUUAUACGGGAAACCAUUUGCCUAUGUUGUAAGAUCGGUGGUGCGUGACGAAAGAUGCGACCAUUGCCUACGAAGUGGGAAAUUGUUAAAGUGCUCGAGUUGUCAGUACGUGUAUUAUUGUGACCGCAAUUGUCAGAAAGAAUCGUGGCCGAUUCAUAAGACAGAAUGUACACGUUUGAAAAAGGUGUCGCCGAAAGUAUUGCCAGAUGCGGCUCGACUUAUGGCACGUAUCAUUCUCAAACUCAAUCAAGGUGGAGCUGAGGAAGUGGGCUAUUACACUGAGAAAAACUUUAGAAGAUUCAAGGACCUAAUGUCUCAUUAUUCAGACAUAAAAGUGGAUGUUAAGCGAAUGGAACAUUUCACCAUGUUAUAUGGAGUUUUAUCUCAGUUUCUCGAUGAGACAUUUAUGCCUAAUAUUGCAGAGCUGAUGGGUAUUUAUGGCAGGAUAUGUACUAACUCUUUCAACAUACUGGAUAUCAAUAUGAAUACCAUCGGAGUUGGCAUUUAUCUGGGAGCAUCUGUGAUAGAUCAUAGUUGUAAACCUAAUGCGGUUGUUGUUUUUGAAGGAACUACCAUUAUUGUUAGAACAUUAACAGACCUUUCUUCUUUGGAUUGGUCGCAGAUAAGAAUAUCCUACGUGGAUUUACUCAAUUCUAAUAAGGAUAGGCGCGAAGAAUUGCACAGUUCGUAUUACUUUUGGUGUGAUUGCGAAAGAUGUAAGAAAGAGGAACCAAUGGCCGAAGUGGCUGCGUGUCCAAACUUAUCAUGCGACUCACCGUGUUCGAUUGAAGCUGACGAAUGCGAGAAGUGUAACACGGAAAUAUCUGUAGAAUUUAAAGAGACAUUUCGGGAAGUCGUCGAUUUUACUGCUCAUCACUUGGAAAAAAUGAAAACUAUGGCUUAUCUUGAUGUUAGUAAGAUAUGUUUGAAGAAGCAAAAGGGUAUAAUGCAUAAAUUUAAUAUACAACAUGUUCGUACUCUAGAAAUGGCUCAUAUCGCGGCUAUGAAUCUGAAGUGUUGGGAAGAUGCGGAGUUUUAUGGCAAGGAACUUGUGCCAGGAUACUUAUUGUAUUACGGGGAAAUACAUCCUUUGACAGGACUGCUGUAUCUCACGAUAGGAAAGAUACAGUUGCACUUGGAAAAACCGAAAGAAGCACUCCAAGCACUAACUAAAGCAAAUACGGUGCUGACGAUAACGCAUGGUGAUAAACACUCUAUAAUGGAAGAAGAAUUGAGACCUUUGCUUUAUCAAGCUGAUAUGGAGUCGAAUAGCGCGUAAUGAUCUUAAAUUUUUGUAAUUUUUAUAGUAAUAAAUUAUUGUUUAAA